UUCAUUCACAAGCUGCAAGUAGCUCGAUACCCAGUGACUGUGCCACCUCCUGUUGCUGUAUCCGCUCCUGUUCUCCACUCGCUGUCGUCCCUUGACAAUGGCUCACAACAGUCUGACUGUGGCUCUGCUGGCGCUGGCCUGUUGCCUCUGCUGGUCUCUGGUGGAGGCUUCGCCCGACGAGGAGCGCUAUGUGGAAAAGGAGUACAAUCGCGAUCUCUAUGACUGGAUUAACAAUGUCGCACGCUAUGGACGCGUCCAAAUGCCGGCCACACUCUGCAAGUACCCAAACUAUCUGGCCAACUCGCUGACCAACACCAUGCGCAUGCCCAAAAGGAAUUCCGAGCUGAUCAACUCGCUGCUCAGCUUGCCCAAAAAUAUGAACGAAGCGGGCAAGUAGAUGGAUGGAUAGCAAGCCAUUUGCAACUCGUACGAUAAUAAUGAUAUAGAUACGAUAUAUGAUAUAUGAUAUAUGAUAUAUAUAUAGAGAAGAAAGACGGUAUAUUGCUAAGUAUAAAAGUCGCUUUAGAAUUUCCCAAACAAUAUAAAUAUACAAUGAAAAAAAAAAAAUGCAAAGA